CAAAUAUCGCCUUGGCGAAAAAUCCGAACUGGGAUUUAAAACUCGAGGGGAAAGAAGCUUGCCCAUAGCGGCGGGGCAGCAGAAGCAGAGAGAUGUCAGGAGACUCUUCAGACCAUGGUGCUUUCAUGGAGAAGUUCACGCUACAUGGAAGCUCUGCUCCUCAUGAACUUCCCUUGACUGGCCUCACCUUUGCUGUUAAAGACAUAUUUGAUGUGGAAGGAUAUGUGACUGGGUUUGGGAGUCCCGAGUGGGCGAGAACUCAUUCGGCUGCUAAGGCUACAGCUCCCGUCGUGUUAGCCCUCUUAAGGGGAGGCGCCACUUGUGUUGGUAAAACAGUCAUGGAUGAAAUGGCAUACUGUAUGUUUGGCGAAAAUAAGCAUUAUGGCACGCCAACAAAUCCAUGUGUGCCAGAUCGGGUUCCUGGAGGAUCUUCCAGCGGAUCUGCUGUUGCUGUUGGUGCAAAGCUUGCAGAUUUUGCAUUGGGAACCGACACUGGAGCAAGUGUUAGAGUCCCUGCAUCAUUCUGUGGAAUAUUUGGAUUUCGCCCUUCACAUGGAGUUGUGUCUACUGCUGGAGUUAUUCCCAUGUCAGAAAGUUUUGAUACUGUAGGUUGGUUUGCUAGGGAUCCAAUGAUCUUGAAUAAAGUUGGACGUGUGCUACUACAAUUGCCUGCUUUAGACCCUGUCACACCUAGUCAGAUAAUUAUUCCAGAAGAUUGUUUCCGGCUUCUAAGCAUUCCAAGUGAUCGAAUUACUCAAGUUCUAGUUAAAUCAGUGGAUAACUUGUUUGGAGGUCAUAUUGUUAAGCACGCAAUCCUUGGAGAAUAUUUAAAAGAUAAAGUUCCAAGUUUGAAGAAUUUUAUGAGUGAGGGAAAUGAUUCAGAGGAGUAUAAUGUACCAUCCUUGGUAGCCCUUUCAAGUGCAAUGCGAUUACUUCAAAGUUACGAGUUCAAGAAUAACCAUAGUGAAUGGGUUAGCAGAGUCAGACCUGAUUUAGGUCCAGGAAUAUCUUAACGGGUAUGGGCAGCUCUUAAGACAACAGACGAUAACAUUGAUGCUUGUCAUUCUAUGAUGACUGAAAUGCGUGCCGCUCUCACUGCUCUUCUUGGGGAUUUUGGUAUCCUCGCAAUCCCUACGGUUCCCAAACCUCCACCAAAACUCCAAAUGGAAGCAACUAUGCUGGAAAGCCUUCUUGUCAGAUCUUUUAGUUUGCUGUCCAUUGCUGGAGUAUCUGGAUUUUGCCAGGUGAACAUUCCACUGGGGCUGUAUGAUGAUCUUCCAGUGGCAGUUUCCUUGGUGGCAAAACAUCGUUCAGAUGGGUUUCUGCUCAAUCUCGUUGAGACCCUUUAUGGCACCCUCAAAGAACAGGUUGAAAUUGCUGAGAGGAUGAAUUACUGAAGAUUCCUCCGAAAUGUUCAAAUCUAUUUUGUGCCUAAAAUAUAUAAAAUGAGAAGCAAUAGUUAAUUAUAUAAUUUGCAGUAUUUUACUGCCAGCACGUCUCUGGUUUUCUCUCUUCUUGUACAUAACCUAGACGUAGUUUGUAUACAUAUGCAACAAUCAACAGUAAUGUACAUGGAAUAAUGCAAGAGGCAAAAAUUCCCAAGGAGAUGGAUUUGGUUGUGUUGA